UCUCUUCUGCCCGUCUUCUCCCUCACACCCUCCCUUUCGCCGUCAGGAGUGGGCGGGCAGUCAGCACAAAAUAGGAAAAAAAUGUUCUCGUUGUGGCAGCGGGUGAACGCCCUGGCGACCUUCUCCAUCCUCCUGCUGGCGGCUCUCUCCUGCGCCGCCUCCUUCCUCGACGCCUUCAACUCCCCCUCCGUCCGCGCCCACGCCGAAGUCAUAAAGGUAAAUCGGUUUAGGAAGCAGCUCACUGGGAAUGAUGAGGUGAGCUUGACCUUGAACAUAUCUAUGGACUUGCAAUCAUUGUUUACGUGGAACACAAAGCAGGUAUUCGUCUUUUUGACUGCUGAGUAUGAAACUUCAAAGAAUUCUGUGAAUCAGAUUUCUCUAUGGGAUCAUAUAGUCCCUGAUAAGGACAACGCGAAUUUUCGAGUAAGGGUUCCUACCAAGUAUCCUCUGAUUGAUCAGGGAAACAACCUUCGUGGUAAGAAAAUCGACCUCGUUCUCCACUGGCAUGUUAUGCCGAAGACUGGUCGAAUGAUUCGCGAUAAGAUGGCGCUUUCCGAGUUCUAUCUCCCUGAUGCUUAUACAUGACCUUAACAUAUCCUCUCUUCUUGAUCAGAAUAAGUAGUUCAACAGUGAAUGAUAGAAAUGGCUACUUAGUUUUCUUUUUUUAGUUUUUUUUUUUUUCUUCCUUCCUAUAUGAAUUAUUGGUGAUCCAUGAUAAAACCGUCGAUCUCGCAUCUCAUGUUUCAAUUUACCAUUCCUUUUACACCAUUUUAGCAGGUGAGGGCAUUUGGUUUAAUGCAACAUUUGCUGAAGCUUUUUUUUUUUUUUUUUUUUUUUAAUUCUGGGAACUGUUUAUACCUAUUCUUGUUCUAUGAAAGCUCUUCUGGAUUGAAUUG